GAGCUGGGAAGGGCUCAGACACAGCCCCUCCCUGCCCACUGAGCAGCCCAGGGCAGUUAUAGAAGGGGCCAUAGCUGGGUAGGAGCAUCUGCCACCAUUACCAUGAAGCUCGCUGGUGCUCUCGUGUUGCUUGGGGCUGCCCUGCUCCUGACCUCAGGAGGAGAUUGUGGCAUUUGCCCGGCUAUAAAAGAAAAGGUUGAGCUUUUUCUUGGCCCAUCUGUGGAAGCCUAUGUUGACUUUGUGAAGAAAUACAAGGGUGACAAUGCCACUCUGGAAAAUGCUGAAAAUAUGAAGAACUGUGCUGAUACCAAGUUGACAGAGGAAGACAAGGAGAGUGUACGCAGUUUGCUGGCGAAAAUAGAGGCUAGCAAAUACUGUUGGUGAGUCCAUCUUUGCAAGAAGACUCAAGGAAACCACUUAACUGCUCACCUGCAUAGAUGCAGGAAGCCCUACCCCCACCCUCCAGGUGUCUAAGACCAGGAUUCCAACAAUAAAAGCCUUGCAAUCCA